CGGAGCCGCGGGAAUACUCGGCUGUUUCGGGAUUAUUAUGGUGCUGAAGGACUUUCCAUCAGGAAUUAGCCAGACCGACGCUGCUCAGUGUUUUUCGAAGGAUCCUGGGUUUGUGCCUGGCGGCGGGGCAGGAGCUGCGGCGCAGGGAUGCUCUUCGCCUCUGGGGCAGCGGCGGUGGAAGUGCAGAGAGUCGGACACCUUACGGGCUUCAUGCCGCUCUGAAAAUACCUUUGGGCUUGUAGCUGUCUUGCUCUGCUUUGUGUGGAAUAUGCUUGAGCUUUCGCUGCAGCCAGGACUCCGUAAUCAUUGAUGCUACAGCUGUGAGUCUUCAGAGCUAGGUGGGAUUUAGUGCCUGGCUUAAGGCAGGAAUGAAGGCAGGUUUGGAUAGUGGCUCUUCAGCUUAAGCUGCUCUACCACCGAUGUGCUUUCCUGUAUGCUGCUUUUAUUUCUGCUUACAAAAUGCCAGAUGUCCGUGCAGUUUUAAGCCUUGUUCCUUGAGGAAAAUAAACCAUUCAAGAGGGAGUUAGCAAAAAUAUCCAAUAGGUUUUUGUUUUGAAAAUUGUUUGACUUGCUUGAUUUCCAUAUAAUUUAUCUGCAAGAGCCAAUUUAUGCAAGAAUAUCCAGUUACAGACCUGCCAAGGCUAUGAGAGAACGCAGCCAGCAGAGCCUCGGUGGACACGUCCUGUAUGUAGGGUUCUUCAGACAUCCAGGAAUGCUGCACAGGGCUAAGUACAGCCGAUUCAGGAAUGAUUCCAUCACCUCCCUAGAUGAAGGUACACAAAAUACUUCUUUAAAUAUCAAAGGUUCUUCCUCCUCUUCCCAUUCUUCAACACCCAAUUUACUGACAGAAGAUGUCUCCCUGGGGCCGCAGGACGCCUGCACCACGCUGUGCACGCUGAUCCCCCGGAUGGCCAACAUCAAACUCGCCAACCCCUCCAGUCUGCCGGGGCUGAAAAGCUUCUGCCUGGGAACCAAAGAGGUGCCACGAAUCAAACUCACCGAGUGUGUCACCAUCCCCAGCAGCCCGACCUCGCCUGAGAUCAGCUGCCUGUCAGCCUCGUACCCCCAGCCCGACCUGGACAAGCUGGUGCUGGCGCCGAGGCCAGCGGGGGAGUGCGCUGUGCGGGGAGCUGAGCAGGGCAGGCAGGACAGGGCCCUGGCACAGGGCAGUGACAGCACGUCCAGCCAGCAGCCAGGAGCCACCUACAGUGUGCGGUACAUGGGCUGUAUUGAAGUGCUGCAGUCAAUGAGAUCCCUGGACUUUGGCACACGAACACAAGUCACCAGGGAAGCAAUAAGCCGACUGUGUGAAGCUGUGUCGGGUACAAAUGGAGCUAUAAAAAAGCGUAAGCCUCCAGUGAAGUUUCUGUCUUCUGUACUUGGCAAAAGUAACCUUCAGUUUUCUGGCAUGAAUAUAAAGCUGACCAUUUCAACAAGCAGCCUCACUUUGAUUAAUGCUGACACGCAGCAGAUUAUUGCCAACCAUCACAUGCAGUCCAUCUCAUUUGCUUCUGGAGGUGACCCAGAUACAACAGACUACGUGGCAUAUGUAGCAAAAGACCCUGUUAAUCAGAGAGCGUGCCACAUCCUGGAAUGUCCCAAUGGGAUGGCACAGGAGGUGAUCAACACCAUAGGGCAGGCUUUUGAGCUCCGGUUCAGACAGUACCUGAAGAACCCAUCUAGCCUGGUUGCAUCCAAUGAAAGCGAGGCAGCAAAUGCUAAUGGAUCAGCUGGGAAUUCACAGGAGAGGGAGGAUCAUGAAUAUUACAACGAAAUUCCAGGGAAGGAGCCUCCCACCGGUGGAGUGUUAGACAUGCGAAUGAAAGGUCAGGCAGACCAAAGGGCUAAGUGUCCUGUCCAGUGCAAAAAGCAGUAUUGCUCAUGCUGCUCAGACAAUUUGACAGGCAGCCCAACCUUCAUCAAUAUAUAUGAAAAUUGUCCAGAAGAAAACAAAACUGUGGGUAAUUGUGAUGAGAGAUCACAGAAGACAAUAAAAGAGGCAACCUCAUUGAAACCUGCCUACAAAGCAGAUCUCUUUGACGAUCCCUGUUACAUCAACACCCAGUCCCUGCAGCCUGCAGCCUGCGCAGCCCGAGGUGCAGCAGCAGCACAGAUCCCUGGGAGCCCCCUGCGCCAGGCCAAGUUACCGGAACCUGUUCAGCAGAGUGCCACAAGCAACACAGCUGGUCUCUGUGUUCUGCCACAAAUAGAGCAACAGCUAAAGAAUGAAGAUUGUUACCAUGGCAAAUUGAACAGGAAAGCAGCAGAGAGCCUCUUAGUCAACGAUGGGGAUUUUCUGGUACGAGAGAGCACAACGUCACCUGGUCAGUAUGUCCUCAGUGGACUUCAGGGAGGGCAGGCAAAGCAUCUACUCUUGGUGGAUCCUGAGGGCAAGGUGAGAACCAAAGACCAUAUAUUUGAUAGUGUGGGUCAUCUUAUUCAGUAUCACAUGGAAAAUAAUUUGCCAAUCAUCUCUUCUGGAAGUGAAGUGAGCUUGAAGCAGCCUGUAAGGAAAGAGAGUAAUAUGGGACACAUGCAGUGUCACAAAUAAUCCCUUGGAUCUCACAAAUCCCAAGACAAUUCAUACCUGAACUUUCUAUUAUGAAGACAACUCAAAACAGUAUAGACUGCACUUUCUGCUGCUGUUCCAGAAGAA